AAAAAAUUUUGAAAAAGAAUAAUAAAAAAUAAAGAAAAAAGGGAGAUGUAUUUGCAUGCUCAAACAAACGGACACACCGCCUUUAUUGGCAAUGUGUCCUCUGUUUUCAGAGGUGGUCUGGUCUGUGACUGUGAGUCUGUCUGCAACGGAUCUCACCCCAAACCUUUUUCUCUUUCUUCUUACAUAUUCUCUCCCUUUCCCUUCUCUUUUCUCUCUACUCUGCUCUUGCUGUAACUCUCUCUCUCUGAGUUUGGAGCAUCGUUUUCUUCCAAAAGAGGUUCCGUGAAGUGCAUGUGAAGCUCGGUUUGGGAUCUGGGACUUCAUGAUCGAAACGGGUCAUUUUGCUUUUCUGAUUUUCAGUGUCGAUGCUGGGUUUAUUGCCUUUUGAGUGGUAAAUCAUUUAUUUGGAGUGGUUUACGUAGAAAGUGGAGGAAAUUACUCCAGUUUGUGGCCUUUUUACCGGAAUGGGAUCUCAUAAUUUGAAAAGGAUCCUUCGUUGUUUGAUGGGGGAUCUUUGAUUACUUUAAGUUUGGCAUUGUGCUGGGCCUUGCAGACAUUUAAUGGGAUAAAAUUGGUGGGCUCUGAGGUCAUUUCAUGCAUUUUUAAUACCAUAAUUUCAAAGAUUUAGGAUCGCUUUUGGAAUAAAAGAUGCGAUACAUUUUGGUUUGUUUCCUUAUUUCACAAGAGAUUCUGUUAUUGGACACAUUGAUGUUCUGAUCAUGACCAGGGCGGUUCGAGAUAGGAUUCUAAAGGAUGCAAAUGGUGAUAUUAGUGAUCAUCUACGCAAUCAUAUCCAUUUGACAAAUUGCAUUCACUUGAAGAACCACAUGCAUAAGCAAAGCCCCAUAUUAGCUGAUAGGUUGCUUAUGAGGGACCUUAUUGUCCUUCAGAGGACACGAUCUCUAAGGGACCCUUCUGCGAGUCCUCCCUCAUGGCAUUCCCCUUCCAUUGUUGAUCUGCUUCCUAAGAAAGGUGAAAAUAAUGACUUGGUUCAGGAGGGGAGACGGUCAAUAGGCAUUGAGCGUCAAAGGGAAGGUAAGAGAUUGUCAGGAGGGUCUCCACCUUUAGCAAGUUUUACUACAUCAAAAGUUGCUCCUGGUGAGGUUUGUGGUGGCAAUGAUGGGGCCGCAACAUUCAGUGAGCAUAGCAACAAGAGUGGAGUCAGGGAUGGUAGAAGAACUAGGAGAGAUCAGUCUAGCCGGAGGAGUAAUAGAACUGACAUUUUGGGUAGCAAUGAGAAGCCUCUAAUAGAUCAUGAUUUCAAUGAAUCGAACCAUGAUGUUUUUUCAGGGAAUUCUGAAUCAAGAAGUAGGAAGAGUAAACAAAAAGGCAAAAAUAUCCAAGCUGGUCAGCUUAAGACCCUAUCUGAGCAGUUGAACGAUGUUCGGAUGGAUAGUGAUGAUGUAGCAUCUUCAAAUAUCCAUCUACGUGGAAGACAACCUCGACAGGAGAGAAGUGUUGAGGAACCAGAAGCCAGCAUUCGUGGCUACUGCAGUGGAUUAAAUAGGGUAAAGCGGCGGAAAUUCCGAAGUACAAGAAGAAGCCGGGCUUCUGUAGCUUCCAGAGAUAAAAAUGCCCAGAACGAAUUGUCCGUGGCAUCUAACACUUUAGCUCAAGGUUCGGCACACUCAAGAUAUCACAUGGAAGAGGGAGAGGAUGACUUUGACGAGCAAAAUGUAACAAGGGCUCCUAGAAAUGGUUGUGGGAUUCCUUGGAAUUGGUCAAGAAUUCAUCAUAGAGGUAAAACAUUCCUUGACAUUGCGGGAAGGAGUCUGUCUUGUGGGCUUUCUGAUCCAAGGUUAAAAAAAGGUGGUCCAGCUUCCCAGGGGAGAGAUAUAUCUGACAUGCCUGUGGCAUCCGAGAACACAAGCUCAUCUUCUAAAUCUGAUGCUGAGGCACUGCCUCUGCUAGUUGAUGCAUCUGGAUCACAGGAAAGUACUGGAAAUGCUGGUUGGGUGCAUGACUAUUCUGGGGAACUUGGUAUUUAUGCUGAUAAUUUAUUUAAGCAUGAUAUUGAUUCUGACCUUGCUUCUGAAGCUAGAUCUGGUGAACAACACAAGAUGAGAAGGCGCUGCCGCAGUCGGCACCAAAAUUUGACACAAAAGUACAUGCCAAGAACCUUCAGAGAUCUGGUAGGGCAGACUUUGGUUGCCCAAGCUCUUUCAAAUGCUGUCAUGAAGAAGAAAGUUGGAUUGCUCUAUGUUUUUUUCGGUCCUCAUGGAACAGGGAAAACCUCCUGUGCUCGUGUAUUUGCUAGAGCUUUGAAUUGCCAGUCAACGGAACACCCUAAACCUUGUGGGUUUUGCAAUUCUUGCAUUGCACAUGACAUGGGAAAGAGUAGAAAUAUAAGGGAAGUUGGUCCUGUAAGUAAUUUUGAUUUUGAGAGCAUUAUGGACCUGCUUGACAACAUGAUUAUUUCCCAGUUGCCAUCACAGUACAGAGUGUUCAUCUUUGAUGACUGUGAUACUUUAUACCCUGAAUGCUGGAGUGCUAUAUCCAAGGUCAUUGAUCGAGCGCCCAGGCGUGUGGUUUUUGUCCUUGUCUGCUCAAGUCUUGAUGUUUUGCCUCACAUAAUCAUAUCUAGGUGCCAGAAAUUCUUUUUCCCUAAGCUGAAGGAUGCAGAUAUAAUCAACACUUUGCAGCGGAUUGCAACAAAAGAAGAUUUAGAAAUUGAUAAGGAUGCACUGAGACUUAUUGCAUCAAGAUCAGAUGGCUCUUUGAGGGAUGCUGAGAUGACUCUUGAGCAACUAAGUUUGCUUGGCCAGAGAAUUUCUGUUCCACUGGUUCAGGAAUUGGUUGGGCUUAUCUCAGAUGAGAAAUUGGUAGAUCUUCUUGAUUUAGCAUUAUCUGCAGACACAGCUAACACUGUAAAGAAUUUGAGAGUAAUAAUGGAAACUGGUGUUGAGCCAUUAGCUUUGAUGUCCCAACUUGCUACAGUAAUUACAGAUAUACUUGCUGGUAGCUAUGAUUAUACUAGAGAAAGGCCUAGAAGGAAGUUCUUUCGGCACCAACCAUUGUCCAAAGAAGACAUGGAAAAACUGCGUCAAGCUCUGAAAACUUUAUCUGAAGCUGAAAAACAAUUGAGAACUUCAAAUGACAAGCUAACAUGGCUAACUGCUGCAUUGCUGCAACUUGCUCCUGAUCAACAGUAUAUGUUGCCCAGUUCUUCUGCAGACACUAGUUUUAAUCACAGUCCAUCAGUGUUAAAUGGUAUGGGUGGAAGAGACGUUAGGAAAGGUGGUGAGCAAGCUCAAAUGCCUAAUAAUUCAAGAGGCUUGUCAAGAAAUGGUAGACAAGCUGGAGCUUCUGAUUUUCAUAGCAAUAAUAUGUUGAAAGGAAGUAAUUCAGAUCGGAAAAGACAUUCUACUUCAAGUGCUGGAAUGGCUCCUCCACAGAUAUCUGCACGCUCAGCUGGAAUGAUUAAGGCAGGUGGGAGGCAGGUUUCUGGAAAGGUCCGUAAAGGAAUUGAAGAAAUUUGGUUGGAGGUGCUUGAGAAAAUUCAAUACAAUGGUAUUAAAGAAUUUUUGUACCAAGAAGGGAAGCUGAUCUCUGUCAGUUUUGGUGCAGCUCCUACCGUGCAGCUGAUUUUUACUUCACCACUGACCAAAUCUACUGCAGAGAAAUUUAGAGAGCAUAUAUUACAGGCAUUUGAGUUAGUUCUUGGGUCCUCCGUGACGAUUGAAAUUAGAUGUGAUUCAAGAAAAGAUUCAAAACCAGGGGUACAUGUGCCUCUUAUGUUACCAGCUUCUAAGGACGGUUCAUCUCAGAUUAGAGAUACAAAUGGGGUCAGCAGUCAAGCCCAUUUGUUGCACUCCAAUACCAAAGAAAUGGGUAAAAGUGAAAUUGUUGAAAUAGAAGCUUCUCCUAGGGAAACAAAGAGUAAGGACCAUGAUAACCAUGAAGAAUCCGGUACGCAAAGUUUAAAAGAUGGACAGACGGGAGAAGCAGCAGCUUCACAUAAGAAAUCAGCCUCAGCUUUGAUACAAGAAAAGCAGAAAUUUGGGGGACAAAGUCGGUCUCAGAGCCUUGUCAGAAGUAAAGUGUCACUUGCACAUGUAAUUCAACAGGCAGAAGGAUGUUCACAACGUAGUGGAUGGUCAAAACGCAAAGCAGUUUCUAUUGCGGAAAAGCUUGAACAAGAGAAUUUGAGACUAGAACCUCGAUCCAGAAGCUUGCUUUGCUGGAAAGCAUCUAGAGUAACUCGUAGGAAGCUUUCACGUUUGAAAAUUAGGACAAGAAAACCACGUUCACUGCUGAAGAUUGUUUCCUGUGGAAAAUGUCUCUCAACCAAAUCUCCAAGGUAAUAUGUGAAAAAAAAUUUUGGUUAGCAUUGAAGGGUUUGUACAACCUCGUCUUGUAUUACUUGUAUUUAGCCAUUUUCCUGCAGCUAACUAGGUUAAAUUUAUCUUUCAAAUCCAAUUUAUUGAAUAAAAAGUGAUUCAGUUGUAUUUUGAAGAGAAAAAUGUAGGAAAAAAGCAUACACAUUGUUAGGCACUUAUCAAUUCAUGUCAAUUUUUAGCAAUCUACAAUUACAUGUUGCUUUAAUGCCUAAGUUAUUAUGGUC